AUGACGUCUCGUACUGAUCGGCUCGCCAAAUUUUUUGACCUUGUCCUUAGUGGUAAACGGCCUGUUGCGACUGUCGAUAACUUUACGCUGCUACUGGAAGCGAUUUUCGAGAAAAACAACCACGCAGCGUGUGUUGAGCGCAUCGUCGCCAGCCCCGCUGCCCGAAACGCCAUCCACGCAGGUGUCCGAUUCAACACCAAACCCGACUUCUUGAACAGACACACAGCUUUAUUUCUUCAAUACCUCUCUGAUCCUUCUAUCAAGACACUAUGUAAUGGCCAGCAUCUGCGAGAUAUUGUCGAAGUUAUCAUUGAGCCGCGAACUUUGUGGAACGCUUUCAUGAAGGCCUUCCAAGCAAAAACCCUUACAGAACCGGCGGUACAAGCCUUUGCAUGGCUCAUGAUCGAAUGUCUCACUCACGCGUCUGCCGAUGAGGCAGAUAUGGUGGAUGAUGCCCAGACCGUGGUCAGCAGUGGCUCUCUUCUAAAAUCGACAUCACCUGAAACCCGCGCCUAUGGCCAUAAGCUGAAGCAAGUGUUGGAACUCAAGGCAAGUAACACAUUUAUUGAAAAAUCCGAUUAUGUUCCAGGAGGUCGGCAUGACAAUGACCACGUCGACUUUCGCCAAAUUGCAAUUUAUCCAACUAAUGACGAGUCUUGCUCGGUCGAGAAACCAUUCUAUCGGCGUGCGGACGAGAUCCUGCAACUGCCCAUUGAAAAGCGGGUCGCAGGUCAUCUCGACAAUCAAUUCCGGCUUUUACGAGAGGACAUGCUCUCGGACAUACGCGAGGAGCUGCAGGCAGUGACAGGAAGGAAGAAGAGACGUCGUACAGUCACAACACUCAAGGGACUGUCUGUAAAAGAGAUAUUCAAUGGCAUAGAAAAGCGGAUGACCCCUUGCGGCCUGGUGAUCACCUGUCUGCAAGGCCUGGAAGCUCUGAAAGCCCGGGACAAGGAAGGUCGAAAGGCUUUUCUAAAGAACGACCGCGGUUACCUACGCCAUCAGUCAUUUGGCUGUCUUCUCCGGGGUAAAGAGAUUGUCUCAUUUGCCACGGUUGACAGACAAAUCGACUACCUUCUCGAGGACGAGCCAAGGAUUGUCUUGCGAAUUAUAGGAGACGAUGCUGUGAGAAAGACGCUAUCUUAUUUCAAACUCUACAACGACCUCAUGUUCCUCUUUGUAAAUACUGCUGUAUUCGCCUAUGAGCCUAUUCUAAAACGCCUCCAGGAGAAAGCGGAGCUUCCUCUUGCAGAGGACCUGUUAGACUACCAACGCGACACCGAGAUCUCCCAAUCCAACAUCAUUGAAGAAAGACUUAUCAAGGAUCUCGACCAUGGUGAGAGAACAGUGCAAGACGUGCUAACCUCCGAGAAACCCAUCAACCUCGAUUCAUCUCAGAUGCAAGCAUUCGUCUCCGGGCUCUCGCAGAAAGUUAGCUUGAUUCAGGGCCCACCAGGAACUGGAAAGUCGUUCGUCGGCGCUCUGAUAGCGAAAGCACUAUUUGACCACAGUAGGGAAGCCAUGCUUGUGAUGUGCUAUACGAACCAUGCCCUCGACCAGUUCUUGGAAGAUCUGCUAGACAUUGGGAUCACAUCAUCGGCUAUCGUUCGACUCGGCUCCAAAUCCUCUCAGCGGAUAAUGCCGCUCAAGCUCUCUGAGCAGCAUUCCAGCAACAGGCGGACCCAAGCUACCUGGCGAAUUCUUGAUCAGAUAAAGGAAAAAGCUAGGGAGUUGCGUGAAGUCCUCAACGGUGCUUUUGGUACCUAUUUCAAUUUCAAAAUUAAUCCUGACACGAUCCUCGAAUACCUUGAGUUCGAGGAGCCGCACUUUUAUGAAGCAUUCACUCCUCCAGUUGAUCCCGAGGGAAUGACUCUCGUUGGUGAAGGAGGCAGGAAAGUCACCUCUCAAUACAUAUACAGUCACUGGGUGCAAGGGAAGAACUACCCCACGGCCAUUUCCAAUCAUCUCAGCCAGCAAGCCAACAGUGUGUGGCAAACGAGCAAAAACACCCGCCAAGCAAAAGUGGAUUCUUGGACCAAACUUCUGCUUGAAGAGCAGGUUGCCAACGUCCAAGGUCUAAUGAGUAGACUGGACAGGUGUGAGGAAAGGCGCGGGGAGUUAUGGAGCGAAACAACACGCGAGAUCCUACGGAGUAAACGGAUCAUCGGAUGCACCACGACUGGAGCCGCAAUGCAUGCUCGAGACCUCGGUGCUAUCUCUCCUGGAAUUGUGCUCUUAGAAGAAGCCGGGGAGAUUCUAGAGUCGCACGUCCUCACUGCCUUAGGAUCCCACACUAAGCAGCUGAUCAUGAUCGGUGACCACCAGCAACUGCGACCAAAGAUCAACAAUUAUAACCUGUCUGUAGAAAAGGGUUCGGGAUACGAUCUUAAUCGGUCACUCUUUGAACGAUUGGUGUUGUCGGGAUUCCCUCAUUCCACCUUGGCAAAACAGCACCGCAUGGUGCCUGAAGUCUCCUCGCUCGUGCGCAAUCUUACUUACCCUGAACUCUUGGACGGUGACAAGACUAUGAACCGGCCCGCCCCGAGAGGUCUCCAGGAUCGGGUCAUCUUCAUUAGCCAUAGCUAUCCGGAGGGCAGUUUAGGUGGGGUGGCUGACAGAAAUGAUAUUGGUGGUAAAGCAAGCAAGCAAAACCCGUUCGAGGUGCAACUGGUUCUCAGGAUUGUUCGAUAUCUCGGCCAGCAAGGGUACGGGACAGACCGGUUGGUGGUACUUACUCCUUAUCUGGGUCAACUUUAUCUUCUCCGUGAGGAAUUGCGUAAAGAAACAGACCCUAUACUCAAUGACCUGGACUGCUAUGACCUCGUCCGUGCGGGGUUGAUGACCCAAGCGAGCGCUCAGCAUAUCAAGCGACCGAUUAAAUUGUCCACCAUCGAUAAUUAUCAAGGUGAAGAGAGUGAAAUCGUGAUCGCGAGCCUAACGAGAAGCAACAAGAAUGGAGACAUCGGCUUUAUGGCGGCCCCACAGCGGCUCAACGUGCUCCUCUCUCGCGCUCGAGAUGUCCUAAUCAUGGUCGGAAACCCAAAGACUUUUCUUAGUAGUAAGAAAGGGGAAUGUGUUUGGCGGCCUUUUGUUGAUCAGCUGCAAACGAGCGGACAUCUGUACGACGGCCUCCCGGUGAAAUGUGAGCAACAUCCCAAGAGACUAGCAGUUCUCCAAUCGCCUGACGAUUUUGACGCAAAAUGUCCUGAUGGAGGGUGCGAAGAGCCGUGGGAGGUUGAGCGCCGACGGCAGAGGGAUAUGGAACUUGAUGCAAAACGACAAGCCAAGCAGCAAGAAUAUGCGCAUCAGCUAGCCGAAAUUCAAGAUGAGAUUGCCCAUGAGAGACGACUCCAGCAGGAAAAGCAGGAUGAGAAAGAACGGCAGCGCGUACUUCAACAAACCCUCGACGAUCUUGAACGAUUGAAAACUCGUGGCGCCGAACGCAAAAGAGAAACCUCGCCGGGCGUUGUCAACUCAGACCAGACCGGCCAAAACUCUCAAACGCUGCCCGAUCGGAGCAAGAAUAUCAGCCAGACAGCGUCAGGGACCACGAUCGGCCCCGACGUGAUUCAAGCUUUAUCUUCCUCUGAGCAAGACUGGCUAUACCAAAAGCAGUACGAAGGCGCACAAAGCAAGGAGUUAGACCAGCUAAUGGGGAUGAUCGGGCUAGAGAGCAUCAAAGCCAAGUUUCUCAAUAUCAAAUCCCAAGUCGAUGCAGCGUUCAGGCAGAACAUUGAUUUCAAAGCCGACCGAUUUGGCUCAGUCCUCCUCGGAAACCCAGGAACGGGUAAAACUACCGUUGCACGUAUCUACGCGAAAUUCCUCACGGCUAUGGGUAUCAUCCCUGGUAGCUUUAUCACUGAGACCACAGGAUCGCGACUCGCCAAUGGUGGCGUGUCUGACUGCGAAAAGCAACUAAGCAAGAUACUAAACAAUGGUGGUGGCGUGCUUUUUAUUGAUGAGGCUUAUCAGUUGGCUCAAAAUAAUGGUCCUGGCUCACAAGUCCUUGACUACCUGCUUGCCGAAGUCGAGAAUCUCACAGGAAAGGUGGUCGUGGUUCUUGCGGGAUAUCGACGGCAGAUGGAGAAGUUUUUUGCUCAUAAUCCCGGUCUUCCUAGUCGGUUCCCGCAUGAAUUUAUCUUUGAGGACUACACUGAGCAGGAACUUCUUCGGAUUCUUGAGUAUCAGAUCAAUAAGAAGUUCAGAAGGAACAUGAAGGUUGAGGGCGGUAUGAACGGCUUAUAUUGUCGGAUCGUUGCUCGUCGGAUUGGCAGACAACGUGGCCAUGAAGGCUUUGGGAAUGCGCGUACUGUGGAAAAUGUCCUCGCUCGCAUCACAGCGCGUCAGGCAGCACGAUUAGCCUGUGAAAGAAGGAACCAUGCCCCAAAUCAACCGCCCAUCGAUGAUUUCCUGCUCACAAAGAAAGACCUUCUCGGUCCAGAGCCCAAUCAAGCAUUACAGCAUUGUUCUGCUUGGAAAAAGCUGCAGAAUAUGAUUGGUCUGGCGUCUGUCAAGAAUACCGUACACGCUUUAUUGGACAGUAUACAAAGUAAUUACGAGCGCGAGCUAAAUGAGAAGCCUUUAGUCGAAUUCACACUUAACCGUGUGUUCCUUGGAUCACCCGGAACAGGUAAGACGACGGUGGCCAAACUUUAUGGGCAGAUUCUUGUUGACCUUGGAUACUUGUCGAACGGUGAAGUGAUAGUCAAGAACCCAGCGGACUUCAUAGGGAGUGUCAUCGGCGGAUCUGAGCAAAAUACGAAAGGUAUCCUGGCAUCCACACUAGGGAAGGUUCUCGUUAUCGAUGAAGCCUAUGGUCUUUUCGGGGGUGGAACUCGCGACAGAAGCGGCUCGAACACCAACCAAUUUAAGACAGCUGUGGUUGAUACAAUAGUCGCAGAGGUGCAGAGCGUCCCAGGUGAUGAUCGCUGUGUUCUAUUAUUGGGUUAUCAGGAGCAAAUGAAGGAGAUGUUCCAAAAUGUCAAUCCAGGGUUAUCCAGGCGAUUUGCUCUCGAUGAUGCUUUUGUUUUUGAGGACUUCUCUGAUAUAGAACUGCGGCAAAUCCUUGAUCUUAAGUUAAAAGAUCAGGGGUUUAUCACGUCCGACAAGGGUGCAAAGGUAGCGAUAGAAAUUCUCGCUCGUGCUCGCAACCGUCCGCACUUUGGCAAUGCAGGAGAAAUUGACAUUCUAUUGAAUGGCGCUAAGGUCCGACAGCAACAGCGACGGUCUGCCAAGGUCGGGAACCCUGCUAUCGACUACUUGGAGCCUCAAGACUUGGAUCCAGAAUAUGAUCGAGGAGAACGAGAAGAGAUAAAUGUCCGGAUGCUCUUCCAAGACACCAUUGGCUGCGAAGCCAUAAUUAAUAAGCUUGAGGACUACCGCCUGACCGUUAAAAACCUCAGAGAGCUUGAGAUUGACCCAAGGCAACACCUGCCGUUCAACUUCCUUUUCCGGGGGCCUCCAGGAACAGGUAAAACAAGUACAGCCAGGAAGAUGGGCCAGGUGUACUACGAUUUGGGUUUGCUAUCAUCCGCGGAGGUCAUCGAAAGCUCAGCAACCGAUUUGGUGGGGCAAUAUGUCGGGCAUACCGGUCCUAAGACACAGGAGCUGCUAGAGAAAUCCCUUGGGAAGGUUCUCCUUAUUGACGAGGCAUAUAGACUCGCGGAAGGACAAUUCGCAAAGGAGGCAAUGGAUGAAAUUGUCGACUGCAUUACAAAACCCAACUUCUUCCAGAAACUUAUUAUCAUUUUAGCAGGAUACGACCAGGACAUCAAUCGUCUCAUAAACAUCAACCCAGGCUUGACUAGUCGGUUCCCGGAAGAGCUUGAGUUCGCCAGUAUUACACCCGAUGCUUGCAUCAAACUUCUCACGAAGCUACUUCAGAAACAGAAGUCUGAUUUUAGGUUGAAAAUAAACAGGUUUGACCUGGACGCAUUGGAGUCUCCGCGGCCCGAGUUUACGAAGAAAUUGCGGAGUCGUUUUACCAGACUUACUCAGACCGCGAACUGGGCCAAUGCGCGUGAUAUCCAAACAAUCUCGAAAUCAAUCUUUGGAGUUGCAAUCAAGUCGAUGCGAGAUAAGAAGAUCGCCAUCUGCGAGGAUCUUGUCAUUAGUAAGAUUGACGACAUGAUGUCCGAGCGCAUCAAGCGCGCAACAAAUCAAUCCGUGGCAAGGAAUCCUACGCUCGAUUUACUUCAAUCCCAGGCUCUCGGUCGGCAGCCCGUUACGCCAGUGCUGACCACAACAUUUAACCCGCCUGCAGCCUCUGAAGACUCGGCCGAAAACGAUGAACGUUCGCCUCCAGCACCCUCAGCACUCGAGGCCCCUUCGGACUCUAUCACCAGGGACGAUGGGGUAUCGGAUGAAGUAUGGGAGCAACUAGAGCAAGACAGACAGGCCGCAAAAGCAGCAGAAGAUCGAUAUAAAGAGCUGCUCGAUGACGAACGCACUGCGGAAAAGGCAGUGAACGACCUCCCUCAUCCUUCACCUGUCAAAUCUUCUGACUCCGAAGUCGACACGGAAGCAAAGAAACAGCGCGAACAGCGCCGGCUAGAAGAGCUAGCCAGACGGGCUAAGUUGGAAGAUCUUCGCAAGAAGCGUGAGGCAGAAGAAAAGGCCAGGAAGAAGGAACAACAAAUUCAACGGAAGCUUCGUCAUAUGGGUUCUCAGGAGACUUUUGACGUUAGUUUCCACCGGAGCACUGAUGAUCAGCAAAAUAUUUAUGACUGGAUCCGAACUCUACACCGUGACUCGCGUGGUGCCGAACUUCCCGGGACAGUAAACCCUGCUGGUCUCGAGAAUAUGUUCCGGCAGCAAUCAUCUCCCUGGGAAAAUAUCGCCCAAGACUAUGUUGAGAAGGCUUCUUCAAAAAUCUCGGACUUCAUUCGGAUGAGCCUCGAGAGGAUCGUUGGGGACGAUGAGGUAAGAGCCAGCCUGAUGUCACAGAUCGUCCGAAGGCAGACGACGACCUCUACCCGUGCCAUGAAGAUACUGUCCACCAUUCUCAGUGACGAGCGAGGCGGAAUCUUGCAGACCGUGAACCACUACUUUGCAGAUACACUUGCCGAAACACGGCAAGAACGCGUUAUGGCAAGGCUCAGUAACCUAGACCUAGAAGGUGUCCCAAUGAACGUGACGCAUGUGUUACGUGGAAUUCACCUGAGCAACGAAGAACAACCCAUCAAUGACAUACACGAUAUUCUGAAAGCAUACUACAAGUUGGCAUUGAAACGAUUUUGUGAUACCGUCAUUCUUCAGGUGACCGAACGAUGCUUACUAGGCUAA